AUGAAUACCCGGGUCGUAGAACGCGUUUCAGAAUGCUUCAUCAAACCGAAGCUCUCCACCCACGAAUCAAACCGAAUAAGCCACUUAACACCUUGGGAUAUUGCCAUGUUGUCUGCGCACUAUAUCCAAAAGGGUCUUCUCUUCAAGAAGCCUCCUUCACCACAUGCUAAUCAACGUGAUUUCAUACAGAAUCUCUUGGAGAAGCUUAAACACUCUCUUUCUCUCACCCUCUCCCAUUUCUAUCCAUUGUCCGGUUGCCUUGUCACCCACAAAACAGAACACCCUCCUUUCUAUUCUGUUUUCGUUGAUUGCACAAACAAUUUUGGAGCUAGAUUCAUCCAUGCAACGAUAGAUAUGACCAUAUCUGAUAUCCUCUCCCCAGAUGACGUCCCACCCAUUGUUCACUCAUUCUUUGACCACGAUAGAGCCCUCAACCACGAUGGUCACACCAUGCCGUUGUUGUCCAUACAAGUCACUGAAUUGCUGGAUGGUGUUUUCAUGGGUUGUUCUAUGAACCAUGCUAUUGGUGAUGGAACUUCUUUUUGGAAUUUCUUCAACACAUGGUCCGAGAUCUUCCAAGCUCAAUCUCAAGGCCAUGAACAUGAUGUUCCCAUAUCGCGCCGUCCUUUUCACAAACGCUGGUUUCCAGAUGAUUGCGUUCCACCAAUCAAUCUUCCUUUCAAACACCACGACGAGUUUAUCAGCAGAUAUGAAGCACCCUUGAUGAGAGAGAGAUUCUUCCACUUUUCAGCAGAGUCUAUAGCAAAAUUGAAAGCAAAAGCCAACUCGGAAUGCAAUACCACAAAAAUUUCUUCCUUCCAAUCACUCUCAGCACUUGUUUGGAGAUGCAUAACUCGGGCGCGGCGCUUGGCGUAUGAUGAGAGAACAAGUUGCAAGUUAGCUACGAACAACCGAACAAGAAUGGAACCGCCACUACCUCAGGAGUACUUUGGAAACUCAAUUCAUACACUGAGCGCAGGAUCAGCAACCUGGGGGGAAUUGCUUGAGAAUGGACUUGGAUGGGCAGCAUGGAAGUUGCACCUGGCUGUUAUAAAGCACAACGAUAGAGUGGUGUUGAAAUCGGUGAGAGAAUGGUUAGAGUCUCCUCUGAUAUAUCAACUUGGUCGGUAUUUUGACCGGAACUGUGUGAUGAUGGGAAGCUCACCCAGAUUCAACAUGUACGGGAAUGAAUUUGGCAUGGGGAAAGCUGUGGCAGUAAGAAGUGGUUAUGCCAACAAGUUUGAUGGAAAAGUUACGUCAUAUCCAAGCCAUGAAGGAGGAGGAAGCGUUGAUUUAGAAGUAUGUCUUUCGCCAGAUGUAAUGAGUGCACUAGAAUCCGACCAGGAGUUCAUGAAUUCAGUUUCAGUUUCCAAUCCUCACUAA